UGUGUGUGUGUGUGUGAGAGAGAGAGAGAGAGAGACAGAGACAGAGACAGAGACAGACAGAGAGUCAGAGACAGAGAGAUCCACAUCAGGUAAGGAAGGUCCUAAGGUUUAGGCUCUUGGGUCUGUUUCCCCUGGGAUGAAGGGGGAAAAUGAGUUUGGGUUCCGUUAAGAUGCUUUGUGGCAGUUUUCAAAGCCCAAGGCUUUGCUGAUGCUCAGCGGUGGCGAGGAAGGGGGAUGCUAAGUGCCCCAGGAGUGGGGAAGGAGCACUCUCUAACCACUUGGUUUUUUUCCUCCUGUCCCUGUUUAGUGGUAGAAGGGAGCUUAGCGAGAAACAGGGUAGGGGGAAAGCGCUAUUUUUGUGGGAGGUUUCCCCGGGCCAGGCUGGAUGGCUUUGGAGCUAUCUGCUGCAAGGAUGCAGAUCUUGGUGCACACUCUGUGCCUGUGAGCGAGCCGCGCACUCUGUGUGGAGGUGCGGGUCCCAGCCUGUCUCUGGGAACACGUUCUUGGGUCCUGCUCCUAAGGAAUGGGCUACUGAUCCCGGACAUCCCCUACCAGACUCUUGAGUUCUUCUUGAAUUGCCAGUUUUCAGCCUCCUCAUGCCUCCAUCUCCUUUAGACGACAGGGUAGUAGUGACACUGUCUAGGCCUGUCCGACCUCAGGAUCUCAACCUUUGUUUAGACUCUAGCUACCUUGGCUCUGCCACCCCAGGCAGUAGUAGCCACCCUCCUGCCAUUGCCACCGCCGUUGUGACCCUCAAGGCUGCGAAUCUGACGUAUAUGCCCUCAUCCAGCGGCUCUGCCCGCUCCCUGAAUUGUGGAUGCAGCAGUACUAGCUGCUGCACUGUGGCAACCUACGACAAGGAUCACCAGACCCAGACUCAAGCCAUUGCAGCCGGCACAGCCACCAGCGCCAUAGGAACCUCGACCACCUGCCCUGCUAACCAGAUGGUCAACAAUAGUGAGAACACAGGCUCUCUAAGUCCAGCGGGUGGGGUGGGCAGCCCUGUGUCAGGGACUCCCAAGCAGCUAGCCAGCAUCAAAAUCAUCUACCCCAAUGACCUGGCGAAGAAGAUGACCAAAUGCAGCAAGAGUCACCUGUCCAGCCAGGGUCCUGUCAUCAUUGACUGCAGGCCUUUCAUGGAGUACAACAAGAGUCAUAUCCAAGGAGCUGUCCACAUUAACUGUGCCGAUAAGAUCAGCCGGCGGAGGCUGCAGCAGGGCAAGAUCACUGUCUUAGACUUGAUUUCCUGUAGGGAAGGCAAAGACUCUUUCAAGAGGAUCUUUUCCAAAGAAAUUAUAGUUUAUGAUGAGAAUACGAAUGAGCCGAGCCGAGUGACGCCGUCCCAGCCACUUCACGUAGUCCUCGAGUCCCUGAAGAGAGAAGGCAAAGAGCCCGUGGUGUUGAAAGGGGGACUCAGUAGUUUUAAACAGAACCAUGAAAACCUCUGUGACAACUCCCUCCAGCUCCAAGAGUGCCGGGAGGUGGGGGGCGGCGCAUCUGCGGCCUCGAGCAUGCUACCUCAGUCUGUCCCCACCACCCCUGACAUCGAGAACGCGGAGCUGACGCCCAUCCUGCCCUUCCUGUUCCUCGGCAAUGAGCAAGAUGCUCAGGACCUGGACACCAUGCAGAGGCUCAACAUCGGCUACGUCAUCAACGUCACCACUCACCUUCCCCUGUACCACUAUGAGAAAGGCCUCUUCAACUACAAGAGGCUGCCAGCCACUGACAGCAACAAGCAGAAUUUGCGGCAGUACUUUGAAGAGGCGUUUGAAUUCAUUGAGGAAGCUCACCAGUGUGGAAAGGGCCUUCUCAUCCACUGCCAGGCUGGUGUCUCCCGUUCCGCCACCAUCGUCAUCGCCUACCUGAUGAAGCACACGCGGAUGACCAUGACUGACGCGUACAAAUUCGUCAAAGGCAAACGGCCAAUUAUCUCCCCGAACCUCAACUUCAUGGGGCAGUUGCUGGAAUUCGAGGAAGACCUGAACAAUGGUGUGACGCCACGGAUCCUUACACCAAAGCUGAUGGGCAUGGAGACGGUCGUGUGACGGCGGGCAGGAUGCAAGGGCCGUGGCUCUGUCGGGAGACGAACAGGCGUGAAGAGGGUUCUGGUUUUGGUUUUUUUUCUGUUUUUCUUUUUUUUUUUUUUUUUUUUUUUUUAAGUUGGGGAAAUGUUUGUGAAAGGAAACAAACCUGUCUAGAGACUCUAUUUUUAAUAAGUGUGAGGAGACUAUAACUUCUGAUGCCACUGAGAACCACUUCUCUUUAUCUGGUAUUGCAAGGAGGUUAAAGAGGUCAUUUUUUUUUUUUUUUAAGCCAACAAAUAAAAAGAUUAUGAAACUU